AAAAUAAAUAUGUUGAAAAUUUUGAAAAAUAUAUGAAAAGUGAACCUUUUGAGGAUAUUGAUUUUAAGAUUUAAGAAUAUCCUCUCUUUUCAACAACAAUCAAUAAUUUUUGCAAAUUUAGUUGUGUAUUAUUUUAAAGAGAUAAUCUUUAUUAAAAAUAAUUCUAAAAGUUAAAAAUCUUCUCUUAUUUCUUAAAACUUAUUCAAUUUCCAGUUCUUGAUUGUAUGGAUACUUAAGGAAGGAAAUGGUUCUUAGAUUAAUUAAUAAAAAUAAGUAAAAUGAGUGAAUAAUCAGUAUCAGUACUUAAUGAAGUAUAUUAAUUACUUGUGAAUGAAAUUUAAAAACUUGAAGAAAUGUUAGAUAAUAAUUAAAAGUUAGAAAAUAUAAAUGACUUUUCAGAUAUAAUUUCAAAUGAACUUUUCUUUAAAACUCGUUCUUUAGAUCAUAAUUAAAUUUUUUAAAAUAGAGAUUCUCAAAUUAUCCGACCUGUAAUAUUAUUUAGUCAUUUAAGCUAUAUUGAAGUUUUAGUUUAAGUUUUAAGUGCUAAUAUAUAGAGUAAAAAAAAUAAACAAAUUUUAUAAAUAAAUAUAAAAAAUUAGAAAUCGAAGGUUAAAAAAUAGAGACUAUUUCGUAAAAACUAUAAAGACUAUAUGUAAUUUUAAUUAAUUAAGUAAAUCGUGAAGAAAUAUAUAAUUUAACUAAAAGUAUAUAAGAAAUGGAAUAGGAUGAAAAUAAAGAAAGAAAAGUUCUUGAACUCUUUUCAUAAACAGUUGGUAUGGAUAGCAAUAAUUAAUCUAUUUCUUUACAUAGGGCUCUAAGAAAUUACUUUUAAUCUAUUUUGAUGUCCUUUGAUAAAGAUUAGAGAGGAUAACUAUCUAAUUUAUAAGAAUAAUAUACUCUUUUGAUUAAAUAAGUUGUUUUAAAUGGAAACAUAGCCAAAGAAGAUUUAUUAAAUAUUGAAAAAGUGGCAAGAUUUAAUGUUAAUUUAGCUCAUAUUUGUGGAUUAUGUGAUGUUUAUUUAGAAGAAUGUAAAAGGAAGAAAUAAAUGGUUGUAAAUUAAGAGAACCUAUUAGAUUUAAAUAUAUUAUUAUAAUUUAAAAAUUUGGGUAUAUGUGAAAAAGUGUUAGAAAUAAUAAUGGAAGGAAUGGAUAUUUUAGGAGAAUAUUAAAAAUAAUAAAAGAGCCAAGAUGAAACUAUCGAAAAAAAAUACUUGAAUAAGCUUUAAUAUCUAUAAGUGAAAAAAUGGCUUAUAUAAUAAAUAAUUUAAUUAUUGUUAAUAUUGAUAUAUCUGAAGAUGCUUAUAUAG